AUGGCGGGCCGAUCAGACGCGUCCCGCCGGAUGAUCCCGUGGCUGUAUGAUUUGGUCCUGUGGCUCUUCACCUGCGCGCUGGACCUCUUCUUUCGCGAGAUCUACCCUCGAGGAGCAUGGCGAAUCCCUGAAAGAGGACCGGUGCUGAUUGUCGCCGCCCCUCAUGCCAAUCAAUUUGUUGAUUCGGCGAUUUUGAUGCACCUGCUCAAGUCGCAGGCGAAGCGACGUGUCUCUUUCCUGAUUGCUCAGAAAUCCAUGAAUGAACCCUACAUUGGCACCCUGGCAUCAUGUAUGGGUGCACUCCCAGUCGUCCGGUCUAUGGACUUGACCAAGCCUGGAAAAGGCAGAGUCUAUCUACCCGACCUUGAGAAUGAUCCAACUCUAGUUAACGGUAUCGAUACCGAUUUCACUCAGUCGGAAUAUAUGACGGGCGGAUCGCUCACUGUCAAGGGUCCUGGUGGACCGCAGACUGCUUCUAUCGAAGAAAUCCUUAGUGCUACCUCUUUGCGUCUCAAGAAGCCAUUCGACGCUCCGCUUUCCGAGGACGGUCGCAAAGGAGCAACUUUCAAGAUCGCUCCCCACGUCGACCAAAGCCGUAUGUUCUCAGCUGUUUACAAAGAGCUCUCUAAUGGAGGCUGUAUUGGCAUCUUCCCCGAGGGAGGUAGCCACGAUCGCUCUAAUUUGUUGCCGCUGAAAGCCGGCGCCGCUUUGAUGUCCCUUGGAGCCCUGGCUCAGGAUCCAACUUGCGGGUUAUCCAUCGUUCCAUGUGGCAUGAACUAUUUCCAUGCGCACAAGUUCCGCUCCCGUGGUGUGAUUGAGUUCGGUCGACCCAUUCAUGUGCAUCCUGAUCAGGUUGAAGCCUUCAAGGCCGGCGGGACCAGCAAGCGUAAUGCUGUGGGCUCUCUUCUCGAAACUAUUUACGAGGGUCUAGAGUCUGUCACCCAAAUCAGCCCCGAUCAUGAAACUUUGAUUCUGGUUCAGUCCACCCGGAAGCUUUAUAAUCCCAUCAGCAAGAAAAUCCCUCUUCCUCUGGUGAUCGAGUUCAACCGCCGCCUAUUGAAGGGAUACACUCGACAUCGAGAUGAUCCUCAGAUCAAGAGUCUCCGGAAAGCUGUCACAGAAUACAACAGGCGCUUGGAGUCACUCGGAAUCAAGGACCACCAGGUAGAGUGGGGAAAUCUCGAGGAGAAGCCAUGGUGGCUCACGCUGAUCACCUUGUUCUAUCGCCUUUGCAAGCUAAUGGUUUUGAGUAUUGGCACUUUGCCAGGUGUUCUGCUUUUCUGGCCUGUCUUUGUCACAACAAAGGUGAUCUCGGAAAAGAAAAGACGACGGGCACUUGCUGCUUCGGUGGUCAAACUCCAAGGACACGAUGUCGUCAGCACUUGGAAAAUUUUGGUCGCUAUGGGACUUGCACCCACCCUUUACGCUUACUAUACCAUCAUUGUGACUGCGUGGCUCCGCUACAAUCGCUACGACGGUUACUACACCCAUUCAGUUCCCUGGUGGAUGGCGGCAAACACAUAUGUCCCUAACUUCGUUCCUCUUUGGGCAUUUGCCAUGAGCUUUUUCGUUUUCAUGAUAUUUGUCAGUUUCGCAGCUCUGCGAUUCGGCGAAGUUGGCAUGGACAUCAUCAAAUCCCUCCCGCCGCUUCUUGUGGCACUCAACCCACUUUCAUCCUCCUCUUUAGUCAAGUUGCAAGCCCAUCGUGAAAAGCUUUCUGAACGCGUCACUAAGACCAUCGACGAUCUCGGAUUUGGUAUCAUGCCGGACAUUGAUGCUGAAAUCCCGUCUGAUUCAUACAACCUUGAUGCUUAUCAAUCUCUGUUGAAGAGCAUGCCGCCAAGCGAACCUGAGAGUCGGGAGAGCAGUCGCAGCAGAUCCAGGGGGCCCGCAAAUGUCCCCCGCAUGAAGGCAUUGAGCACGGUCACUUCGGAAGGAGACUUGGAGGAAGUGGACCGGAAGAUCCAGACAAUCAAGAAGGGCAGAGGAAGACGUUCAAAUACGAUCACUGGGUACGAGACUGGCGAAUCGAUUUUGAAAUAUCAACCACCGGUCACAGAAGAGGAUAAGAAGAGGAGGUGA